CGCCAGAUCUGCCGGCUAUGACUUCCUCCUCCCUCGAAUCCCCGUCCAUGAACGUGGAAGCCGUCCUGCACAUGAAGGAAGGGCUCGGGGAGAACAGUUACGCCCAGAACUCUUCGCAUCAGAAGAAAAACAUGGACACCGUGAAGGACCUGGUGAUUGACUCGGCAACAGGCGUGUAUGCGUCUCUCAUGCCGGAGAGGUUCACCAUGGCCGACCUUGGUUGCUCCUCAGGGGCGAACGCUCUUGGUAUGGUGGAGAACAUCAUCAGGGGCAUCGCUGAGGUUUGUCGCACCUCAUCGACGUCGCAGCUGCCGCCAGAGUUCUCCGUGCUUCUCAACGAUCUCCCCACCAAUGACUUCAACACCAUCUUCUGCACCUUUCCGGACUUCAUCAGCAAAAUCAAGGCCGACAACCCGACGGUGUUCUUAUCGGGCGUCCCGGGAUCCUUCUAUGGGAGGCUUUUCCCCACGGGUAGCUUGCACUUCGUUUGCUCCUUCAACAGUCUGCACUGGCUUUCUCAGGUCCCCCCCGGUCUUUAUGAUGAGGCAAAUCUGCCCGUAAACAAAGGGAAAAUGUUCAUAUCAAGCUCUAGCCCCCGUGCCGUGCCGGCGGCCUACUUGAGGCAGUUUCAGAGGGACUUCGGCCUGUUCCUGAAGUCGCGCUCCGCCGAAAUGGUGGAGGGCGGCAGGAUGGUUAUGUCGAUGCAAAGCAGGGAAACCGAGGUGUACACAGACAAGAAGACGACCUUGUUGUGGGAGCUCUUGUCGGAGUCGCUUGCCUCGCUGGUAUCACAGGGGCUAGUUGAGCAAGCUAAGGUUGACACGUACAACGUGCCGUUCUACCCACCGUGUAUACGGGACAUUGAGGACGAGGUGCGCAAGGAAGGCUCGUUUCGCCUAGACUGCGCGCGCAAGUACGACUGCAACACGAGCACUGGCGGUGAUGCCAAGGAGGCAGCCAGGGUGGUUUCGAUGGCGGUCAGGGCCGUGCAGGAGUCCAUGCUGAACUACCACUUCGGGCCAGACAUCAUGGACAUGUUGUUCCACAAGUACGCCGAGCUUAUCACCGAAUCAAUGGAAAAGGAGGACAUCAAGAGUGUUCAGUUAGCGGUGGUUCUGAUCAAGCUGUGAGACUAAGUCUGUUUCCUCAGUGAAUAAGGUCCUUCUCAAGUAGAAUGAUACAAGCUACUCCCUCCAUUCUUAAAUAAUUAUAGUUUUUUUUUUUUUUUGCGGGUAAAUAAUUGUAGAUUCUUGCACAAAAAAAUUGUAGUUCUGAAGAACUAUUCUAUUCUCCCCAACUACAAUUAUUUAGGUACAAAAGGACUACUUUCUACACUAUUACUCCUUGCCAUAUUGCAU